AGGAAAUACGCCUAGCUUGUGCUUUGAUUUGCCUAAAAUGCUAGUAGUAUACCACGCACCUGAUGCUGCUUGUAGCCACCGGUUUCAUAUCGAUUACAUGCAAGUUAACCGUGUUGGCCGAAAGCUAUAAGUUGUUUUCGGUCAGACAGGUGGCAGCAUAUGCCUUGAAUCUCUUACAGUGGAUUGACCUGCCGAAUAGCUGAAAAAGCUAUAAAAACAUUGCGGUUCUUUACUAAGGAGCACCUGAUUCCCCUCAGCUGAAGAGCAAACGAUAUAAGUGAAACCUUUUCAACCAGAAAGUUUUUCCUCCACCGUCUCCCGAUCUAUCCUUAGUAGAGUGUAUCGUCCCAAAUAUCUGAACCGCAUGGUGUUCGCGAACAGCUGAAUUUCCUGUUGCUCGAGUGGCUAACAAUGGAUCUGAUUUGUAAAUAGAGUCGCGGGAGAUAAACUACUUAAGUACCGAACCAAGAAAGGAAGAUUGGUAUUUUGCAAAGCUCAGUCAAGGUGUUAUUAAGAAUGUCCGUGUUCGUUUCGGAGGUUGAUGAGGAGGAGAGAAACGAGGCUCAUUUUGAGAGAAGACAUGUUACUAUCAAGAAAGGCGAAGACCUUAAAGCGCUCUACAAACUCAACGAAGAGCUUGGGAGAGGCAAGUUCGGCGUCGUACACUUAUGUGUAGAAAAAACUACAGGAAAAAACUUGGCAGCGAAAUUCAUCAAAACACAAAGGAAAGAAGAUCGUGUCGAUGUUCAAAGAGAAGUGGAGAUCAUGCAGAAGCUGCAACACCCCCGGCUUCUUCAGCUAUACGAUGCAUUUGAUGAUGGUCUCAAAGAGUUCGUGCUCAUACUCGAAUUAAUUCGCGGCGGAGAAUUGUUUGAACGAGUGAUCGAUGACGACUUUGUGCUAACGGAAAAGGCGUGUACAGUGUUCCUGCGUCAAAUUUGCGAAGGAUUGUCCUACAUGCACUACGAGGCGCAGGUUCUUCAUCUUGAUAUGAAACCUGAAAAUAUUCUUUGCCUUACUAAAACAGGAAAUCGUAUCAAAAUAAUCGACUUUGGUCUCGCUCGGUAUUACGACCCUAAGAAAAAGCUGCAGGUACUGUUUGGUACACCGGAGUUCGUGGCACCCGAAGUCGUUAACUUCGAUAUGGUUGAUCCUCGGACAGAUAUGUGGUCAGUUGGAGUAAUUACCUACGUUCUGUUAUCGGGUUUAUCACCCUUUAUGGGUGACAAUGAUGGAGAGACAAUGGCGAACGUCACUAAGGCGAAAUGGGACUUCGAGGAUGAAUCCUUCAAUAAUGUGAGCUCUGAGGCCAAGGACUUUAUCACACAAUGUUUGGUAAAGGACCGGAAUAACCGGUUGGACUCCAGGAAUGCGCUGAAUCACCCUUGGCUGGAGGUAAAACGAACUGACAUAAAAGUGGAGAGUGCCCUGGAUAAAAAGAAGCUCAAACGUUUCGUAAUUAAACGCCGCUGGCAGAAACUUUUCAACACAUAUCUAGCGCUUAAGCGUAUGGGUGCAACGAUGACAUUCGGCUAAAGUCUAAAUUACGGCAAAAAUUGACAAAUAAUCACGCCACCGAUACUGAGUUUCUAUCAAGAUUAGAUCAGGUAUACUUAUCUGACACUAUAUGGAAAAAAUAAAAGAGACUGAAAGCAUGGCAAUGAGCCGUUUUUACAAAGAUAUGCCUUUAAAAAUUCCAUUAAUAUACAUAUAUAUAUAUAGGUAAGGAGAAUUUUGACUAACAUGCAGAUAUAAGCGUUGUACGCUACUCUCGGAAGAUAAAUGGAUGGGAUUAAAGAAUAUUACAAUCUGUUAUAAAUGCACCGCGUGGCCAAAUAAAAAAUGUAACACCUU